AGUUCGUUAAAACCUAUCGUUGAGGUCGGAUGUACGUUCGUUUCCCACCAUCUCCGUGCCAUGUGAUGACCCCCAGAAUCAUUUUGCGUUAAUAUAUUAACUAAUGUGACUUCUUAAAAAUUUGUGAUAGAGUUUAGUGCCUUUUAAUUGUGUUGUUAUUUUUAAAUUACCAAUUGUGGAUAUGUACGCUGCUUACGCGGGGGGAGCACCCCCGCAUUACGCUCCCCCUCCGCCCCCUGCAUAUUUACAACCUCAUGCGCCACCACCUCCUAUUCCUCACCAUGUACAAGUUCCUCCUAUCGGCUUGGGCCAGGAUCCUACCCCCGUUGCACAUUUUUCGAAAAAACGGAUAAGGUCAGAUGAAGACGACCCAACUGGUAGUAAGUUUACAAGAAUGGAAGACGAAAAUAUUCAAGACAAGGAGAGAUUUGCUAGUAGGGAGAACCAUUGCGAAAUUGAGAGGAGAAGACGUAAUAAGAUGACGGCGUACAUCACCGAGUUAUCUGAUAUGGUUCCCACCUGCAGUGCUCUAGCCAGGAAACCUGACAAACUGACGAUUCUUAGGAUGGCAGUUGCUCAUAUGAAGCAACUCAGAGGUGAGAGUACUGGUAAUACUAGCACAGAUGGUACUUACAAACCUUCAUUCCUAACGGACCAAGAACUGAAACAUCUAAUUCUAGAAGCAGCUGAUGGAUUUCUUUUUGUAGUUAGCUGUGAUACAGGAAGGGUUAUAUACGUAUCAGAUUCUAUCGGCCCAGUUCUAAAUUACUCUCAAAGCGAUUGGUACGGCUCCUGUUUAUACGACAACAUACAUCCUGAAGAUGUAGAGAAAGUUAGAGAACAAUUAUCAACACAAGAACCACAGAAUACCGGAAGAAUCUUGGAUUUGAAAAGUGGAACUGUUAAGAAAGAAGGAAAUCACUCUUCGAUGAGAUUAUGUAUGGGAUCUAGAAGAGGUUUCAUUUGUAGGAUGAAAGUAGGGAAUGUUCCACCGGAAAGUAUGCCAGUUGGUCAUUUAAAUCGCCUUAAACAACGGAAUAGUUUAGGUCCUGGUCGAGAUGGCCAAAACCAUGCUGUUGUACAUUGUACAGGGUACAUAAAAAAUUGGCCACCAACAGAUAUGUUCCCAGGUGUUCAGCUAGACCGUCAAUCUGAAGAGGAAAUCCACACUUCUCAUUGCUGCUUGGUAGCAAUUGGUAGAUUGCAAGUAACAUCAACACCUAACACUAGUGACAUAUCUGGCUCAAGUAGCAACACUGAAUUUAUUUCAAGGCAUUCUAUGGAUGGGAAAUUCACUUUUGUAGAUCAGCGUGUGAUAGGUCUUUUAGGAUAUUCAACUGCAGAAUUAUUGAGCAAAAGCUGCUUCGAUUUUAUCCAUCCUGAGGAUCAAACUCAUAUGAAAGAUAGCUUUGAGCAAGUAUUGAAACUGAAGGGACAAGUAUUAUCAGUAAUGUACAGAUUUAGAGCAAAGAAUAGAGAAUGGGUGUGGCUAAGAACAAGUGCAUUUUCAUUCCUGAAUCCAUAUACUGACGAUGUGGAGUAUAUAGUGUGUACAAAUACAACCGCGAAAUCAGUUCAUACACCAAGUGAAGCACCUACCGAAGCUCCUGAGCAAGUUAGCUAUCAACAACCUGGACUAGACUAUAGUUUGCAAAGGCGAGAUUCAAUUUAUUCCCAUAUGCUUCCCACCACACAUAUCCAAAAUGAGUACCUGCCUAUGUCAACCACUACAAGUCCAGAUGAUUCUCGAUAUCCAAGACUGCUUGCUGAUCCUCAACAGGCUGCUAGACCUAGUAGUGUUCAGAAUGUUUAUACCACUUAUGAACCUACUCCAUCUCCUAUUGCUUAUGGGUCUCCUUCCCAAGCUAGUGCAAGUAGCAGUAAUGCUAGUGUUUUAGCAAGGCUAAGUAAAGGUAGCACUACGAGCCCUACUCCAGCAGCGGCGGCCUGGACUUUGCGGCAACCACAGCAGGCGCCAGAUGGCUAUCAGUAUAGUCAACCGAGCCCGAGGUCUCCGGGACCAACUUAUACACAACUCAGUGGAGGUAGAUCAGCCACGGCCUCUGCUUCUGCUUACCAAUGGACUAACUGGCAAAAUUCCGCACAAGCGUCAGAAAGUGCUCCCGGAUCCUCCAGUUCAGGACCUCCUCCUCAACCACAACCUCAUGAGCUCUCAGAUAUGCUGCAAAUGUUAGAUCAAGGAGGACCUACAUCUUUUGAGGACCUUACAAUGUUUAAUACAACAUUCGAGUAAAAUUUAUUUUUUUUGUACAAAUGAAGAUUGGUUUUAUGAAAUUUCGGGGAAGUGCCUGUUCCAAUGUUUGUUACAGAGUGAUUUUACUCUUUAAUACCUGUCAUACAUAUUUCUAUUUAUAUUUUUGCCUAAUUUUAAAUUUAAACUUUAAAGCCCGUGUUAAAAGAGAUCAAACAUAUUCUCCAGUGUUUUUCUUGAAUUGAAUGUAUUUUUAGAAAAAAAUGUCGAUUUCUUUAUUUUCAGUUUUAAUGUAUCUAAAUGUUAUCUACUUAUUUUUCUGCAUGAAUUCUCAAUUUAAUUACAAUUCUCCGUGGGUGUUGUGAUUUAGUAACUACUUCAUUAUUUUUUUUUUCUAAUUAUCAGAACGAUUGAUUAUGCUUUAGAAUACCUAAUAUUACUUAGGUUGGCGUAACAUUUUAUUAUUAUACUGUAUGCAUACAAUUCGAUUUUUGGUGGAUAUAAAUUACUUUGAACCUUUCUUUGAAGUGAAUAACAAACGUCCACGUAGAAUUUAAGUAUGAGAUGAAUUUAAAAACUGGUUUUACCCCGACUAUGAUAAUUUUUCAGUCAUUGUAAAAUAAAUCAUGUGUUUUUAGUGACACUUAGUGAAAUAAGUACAGCGUGUGUGUCUUAUUCAACCAGAAUUGUUGAGAAAAUGCCAGAAAAUUAAACAGCUCAAUUUGAACUUCGGCGAAUUAACGGAACUCGUUUGUUAUUUCUAACUGUUGUGACGUCCAAAGUUGUAUAGCUUAAGAUUUGGCAAAAUGCUAUGUUACUCUUACUAAGAUCAGUUCACACAGGCACUACACACUAAGAAGCAUGUGUACAGCAAAAUAUAUUUUUUUGAUAUUUGUUAUAGUAUAUUAACAUUUAUAAUUUUGGCCAAACUAUUAAAGUCGUCAAGUUGCUGGAUAUCAGCUGCCGUAUUCUAAUUGGUAUUAUUUAUGAAUAUCUAUAUGUAAUGUGUAACAGUACAUUUGUUUGAAAUUAUAUACCUAAUUCAAGAAACA